AUGCCAUCACUUCGACUCUUCAAACCGUUCUCACAACACCAUCAUCACCAUGAUCCACAACGCCAUCAUGAUCAUCAUAUCCAAGACGACUGUUCUUGCAGCUGCCACAACAACGACGCAAAAUCCUUUUCAGCGCCAGCACGAUGGUUAUCAAAGCGUAUCCGUCGACGAUCAUCUACUAGCAGCGAACAAUCCUACGUAUCAUACGAAGAAGAACUGACCGAGUUGAUGCAAGCAUAUGAAUUUGCUGAGGAUGAGCUGGCAUAUGCUAUUGACUCUCAAGGAUCUGUUUACUUCGAUAACGACAGAGAAACCGCAGAAGAAGCCAUCGACGCAUGUGUCGACCGAUUUCAUUUUUUACUAUCACGAUUGUCCAAGGCUGACUCCAUCAAACUGGAAACACAAUAUGCCGGAGCCAUUGCAAGCCUUCAUGCACGCCUCAACUCUUUGCCACAAUUAUCCUAUGCAUAA